GUCUGUUCUUCACGACCCAUAAACCCGCUCUACAUUGCUUCGUUAAUCAGAUGAAAAGCAGUGACUCUCCCUACUACCACCCUGAUGUAAAACCAUGAAGGUGUUGUCAUAGUUCUGAAUGCACAAAGCUGGGAGGUGCUUUGAUCUGCAGUUUUGCUGUUUAUCUUCACUCCUUUCCGGUUACAUGAGCUUUUUAAACCAGGGACCUCUUAAGGGAGGCCCCACACAGUUCUUACUCUCAGCCACAAGGCAUUCUGAUAAGCAACACUAUGUAAAAGAGCUUCAAUUUGCCAUUUGGCAUAUGCACACUGCAAAAUCUGAAGUGGCCUGGAGAGGAAGCACAUACAGAAGAACUUUUGUAACAGGUGAAUUUUCUCCUUCUUGGGCAGUCCCUCGGGAUAGAAGAUUCCUCUUUGAUUUUGUGUGCCCUGCGGUUGCCGCUCUGCCUAUGAGUGAUCAGAAGGGAAUGAAGAAGCUCUCACCUGAAAGACACUGCAGAAAACUGACUACCUAGGUCAGGCCUAAUGUCCAGAGAAGUCUUUCUCAGAGUCCGUUGCGUGUUGACGGUGAAAAACGUGGACACUAUUUUGUGAAGAGGUGUGGAUUUGAAGUACUUAUUCGAGAAGUUUUGAUUCUGCUGUGAUGAAGCAACACUGCAUAGAGAGUCCGAUCCUCCUGCAGCUGAUCGUGUGGAGAUGCAUUGCCCCUUCCCUUGUUCAAGUGAAUCAUGGCAUCACAGUUCCCAAGGGGCAGUCUGUGUUCCUCUCAGAGAAGAACCUGGUGUUCAACAUCCCAAAGGAAAAGGAUAGCUGCAAGGUGGAAGUAGUCAUGAAUGAGCCAAUAACACAACGUGUCGGGAAGCUUACCCCUCAGGUUUUUGACUGCCAUUUCCUACCCAAUGAAGUGAGAUAUUCACACAAUGGAUGUCCAAUACUGGAUGAGGAUCAAAUCCUGCUCAGAGUUUACAGAUUUACCGAGAAUGAAACCUACACAGAAACAUUCACCCUCCAAGUUCGGUUACUUGACUCAGACUGUAACAUCAUCCAUCUUGGUGCAACAUCAUUGGAAGUCCCUGAGUUUUAUAGUCUAUCCAAUCCAAUUGACAGAAACGUGGUUUUGUUUGACUUUGAUAAAUCGAUGAAUCUGGACUGUAUAGUGCGGGUAGCCACUCAGGAGACGUUACUUCCUGCACAUGGACAUCUAGUCAUGGGGAAGAUCUCUGUGGGACAGGCUCGUGGGGACCACCCUGGCUUUGUAAACCAGAAGCUGAAGUGGAAUCUGGAGGAAAGCCACAAAGAUUUGAAGGAAGUGCACACUUUUAAAGUGAGCUGUGAUGAAUUUCUCACAAUGGGUCUUCGCUAUCAUCACCUCAGCCCCCCGUCUCCUGAUAUUGACUACAUCGCUAUAAGAUUGGAAUUGAUCGACAGCAGAAGCAAAAAUGUGCACAAGACAGAGAAUGCCUGGAUUCCAGUCAGAAUCACCAAUGGCUUUCCCAACCAGCCUCCUAAAGCCAGUUUUAUGCCUAUGUUCAUCCUGGAUGUAGAUCAGUUCAUCCUGACCUCCAUAACCACUGGGACAUUGGAUGGAGAAGACAGCGAGACUCCCAAAUCCCAGCUUGUCUUCAAUAUUACCAAAGCACCUCAGGAGGGUUUCAUAACUCAUUUAUCUGACCAUACCAAGCCAAUCACAUCAUUCACCUGGGCUGACUUAAAUGAGCUGUUGAUAGCAUUUCAACCUCCAAACAACAGUCACACAGACAGAAGGAGCUAUGAGGUAGAAUUUGAAGUUCAUGAUUUCUACUUCAGGAAGAGUGCACCAAUUGUAGUACACAUCGCAGUAAGGACAACGGAUACUAAUGCUCCCAGAGUUUCCUGGAACAUGGGACUUAAUCUGCUGGAAGGCCAGUCUCGACCUAUCACAUGGGAGCAGUUUCAAGUUGUGGAUAAUGAUGACCUCACUGCAGUCCGUUUGGUUACUGUGGAUGGCUUACAACAUGGACGGUUAACAGUAAGAGGAGGAAAAGGCUUUAUGUUUACAGUCAAUGAUAUCCAAGCUGGUGUUGUCCGCUAUCAUCAUGAUGACAGUGACACUGUAAAUGACUUCAUUAUUUUCAGAAUUUUUGAUGGUCUUCAUAGUACCCGACACAAGUUCCCCAUCAAAAUCUUACCCAAAGAUGACAGCCCUCCAUUCCUUAUUAACAAUGUUAUCUUUGAACUGUGCGAAAACCAGGAAGUGCUAAUUGAGAAGUUUAUGCUUCAAGCUUCAGACCUGGACUCAAGUGAUGAUUACAUUCUGUUUAAAAUCACCAAAAUACCACAAGCUGGAGAAAUUAUGAAAAGAACAGCCCCUGGUUUGACAGGGUAUCCUAUCUCCAGCUUCCUUCAGAGAGACCUCUUCAAUGCUGCAAUCUACUAUCGUCACUUGGGAGAUGAAAUGUUUGAAGAUUCCUUUGAGGUUAUUCUGUACGACAGCCAUGACCCUCCAAAUCUCUCAGAGCCUCAGACUGUAAUUAUUCACAUUACACCAGUGAAUAAUCAGCUUCCCAAAGAAGCACCUGGAGUUAUUCGCCACCUCAUCGUUAAGGAGACAGAGAUAGCCUUACUGACGAAGAACCAGCUGCACUUCACAGACAUCGAGUCUCCAAACAGGCAAAUUGUAUAUACAAUCACAAAUCCGCCCUUCUUUACUUCAGUAAAUGGUCUUCCUGAUGCUGGAAAAUUACUUCUAACUGACAGCAUGAAGAAAAUGAUGAAAGAUUCCAGUGUCCCAAUGCUCAAAUCAUUCACACAGGAUGCAGUGAACCACCUGAAGGUGGCCUACAUGCCUCCACUGCAGGAUAUUGGGCCCUACCAACAACAGCUGCAAUUUCAUUUCUCAGUCAGCAAUCAACAUGGUGGCACGUUAUAUGGCCUCUGUUUCAAUGUUACAAUUCUCCCCGUCAACAAUCAAGUUCCAGAGUUAUACACAAACCAGUUGACCGUUAAAGAAGGGGGAUCAGGUCAAAUUUCAGUGAACCAUCUGCUGGUGACUGAUAUUGACACAGAGGACGAUCACAUCAAGCUCAUUCUUCAGAAGAAACCAAUGCAUGGAGAAGUAGAAGUGAAUGGAUUUCCCAUAACUGAAGGGAACAUGUUCACCUUAACAGAUCUCAAGGAUUUCAAAGUUCGAUACCAGCAUGAUGACUCUGAGUCAACCCACGAUGAAGUUACCUUUUCAGCCACUGAUGGUUCAAAUUCAGCUCGAAGUGUUCUGGAGAUAAAGGUCUUAGCAGUGAACGAUGAACCUCCAGAGAUGAGGCCUGGUUUGAACCCUGUGCUGUAUUGCCUUGAAGGAGAGGAUAUUGUCAUUUCAACAGAGAAUAUCCAAGCUACUGACGUAGAUAGCAACAAUGAAAAACUGCUGUUCAUGAUUGCAAAGGAACCAUUGCUUGGGGUGGUACAGAAGCACAGUCAGAUUGUGGAUCGUUUUACUCAGGCUGACAUUAUUGCAGGAGUGGUGAAGUAUGUGCACACGGGUGGUGAGGUGGGUUUGGCACCAUGCUUUGACACCAUUACACUCGUUGUUACUGACUGGGAUAGUGGCGUACUUGGAGGCUGCUGCAAAGAAACAUUCAUUUCUCCAUUACCUCUGCAUGAAUCUCUCCCUGUCUACGAUCUCAACAUUACUAUAAUGCCCACCAACAAUCAGCCACCAGGAAUUACUCUUGGUGAACUAUUUAUUGUUGACGAGGGGUCUUCAGCUGCCAUCACUAUCAACCACCUGUGUGCUAGUGAUCCAGACACUGCAGAUGAUGAGCUGUCUUUUGUCCUGUGGUCCCCACCUGAAUUUGGUUACAUAGAGAACACUUUACCAACACCAGGGCAUGAGAAAAGCAACAUGGGCAUCAGCAUAGGUUCAUUUGACUUAAAGCACAUGAAGGAGUUGCAUAUAAAUUAUGUUCAGUCACGACAUCAACGGAUUGAACCAACAGCAGAUCAAUUCUUUCUGUAUGUUACUGACGGGAAGCAUUGGUCUAAGGAAGUUCCGUUUUAUGUUAUAAUCCGCCCUGUAAAUGAUGAGGCUCCAAAUUUCCUGGCCAGGAAUAUCACUGUGUCUGAAGGCCAAAUGUGUGAAUUAGAUCCAUCGAUAAUAAACGUGGUAGAUCUUGAUGUGCCAGCUGACAGCCUAACGUUCACCGUAAGCCGGCAACCCCAGCAUGGAAUGAUCAGAAGCAUGAUGCAGAGGAAUGACGUUGUGAUUUACCAACAACCAACCCUCUCUGGUUAUGAACUCCCUGUGCAUGACUUUACGAUGGAUCAGCUGAUGCAUGGGUUGAAGUUGAUAUAUGUGCAUGAUGGCUCUGAAAGCACUGCUGAUAGAUUUAGCAUUCAGCUGUCUGAUGGCAAACACAAGGUCCACAAAGCCAUUUCAGUCCAGAUUCUUCCGGUGAAUGAUGAGCGGCCAUUUUUGAGCAGAAACAACGGACUGGAGGUAGAAAUGGGGGAUUAUAGAAUCAUUUCCAGCAUAGCACUGGAAGCUGAAGACAAAGAUACUCCAAGGCAGAAUCUUUAUUAUGUAAUAGGAAGGGUUCCUGAACUUGGGACGCUCCAGCUCAAGGAAAGUAUGGAGUGGCAACCCCUGUACUCUGGCAUGAACUUCAGUCAGGAUGACAUUGACAUGAACCAACUGAGAUACGUGCACACAGGAGUGAUCGGGACAAAGCAUGAAGACGCCUUUCACUUCCAUCUCUCAGAUGGCGAUAACAAGUCAGAAGGCCACAGUUUCCACAUCAUCAUCCGGAACAUCGAAAAGGGUGAAAUCACUGUUUUAAUAAAACCACUCACUAUCGUCAAGGGGGACAGAGGUACUUUGACUACAACUGUUCUUCUUGCUUCCGAUGGUACAAACAAACCCGAAGAGCUGCUUUAUAUCAUUACAGUCCCACCAGAUUAUGGACAAAUAGAAUACGUCAACUACCCUGGAGUGGUAAUAACCAGCUUUAGUCAGAUGGAUGUAGCAGCUCAGACUGUUUGUUACAUUCAUAGAAGCAAGGUGAUGGCUACCAGAGACUCACUGAGAUUCAUUGUCAGCAAUGGGCUGUCCUCCAGAAAUGGUACCCUAGAGAUCAUCAUUCAAAAUACUGAUGGUAUGUUGCCCAGACUGUCCAAAAACAAAGGGAUUCGACUGGCUGAAGGCUCCAUGAUGACCAUUUCACCAGAUGUAUUGCAAUUAUCCGACCCUGAUACCCCUCCACAGGAUCUUACAUACAUCAUUACACAGCCCCCUCAGUAUGGGCAACUGUAUUGCAAUGGGGCACCUCUUCACCAUCGUAACUUCACACAGCUGGAUGUCGACAACAUGGAUCUAGCUUACAAACAUGGUGGAGAAGAUUCGCAAAUUGACAGGUUUAUGUUUACUGCCACUGAUCGAAGCAAUUAUGGUUUUCUGAUUGAUGAGAAAUUGCAGAACGAACCAGUUAUAUUCAUGAUUGAGGUGGACCAUGUGGACAAAUAUGCUCCCAAAAUAGUUUAUCUUCAGUGUCCUUCAAAUGUUAAAGUGCUUAAAAAUGGCCGGUAUGGAAUUUAUAUUUCCGUUCGAGAUUUGAAAGCAUCAGAUAUUGAUAGCAAGGACGAGGAGCUUGUUUUUCAUAUUUUACGUGGCCCACACUUUGGUUACUUGGAAAACAUCACAACUGGAGGAUUCAUUUCUGACAAUUUCACACAGCAAGACCUGAACAGCAAGAACAUCAUUUACAUCAUCACACCCUCCUCAGAAGUAACAUCAGACAGUCUGGAAUUCCUUGUUUCAGAUCCUACAGGAAAUUCAGCUGCCCCUCAAAUGCUUGAAUUCAAAUGGUCUCGUACAGAAAUGCUUGUCUCAGAAUACCAGGUGUGUGAGGAUGCUGGUGUAUUUUCUGUGAAGGUGUUGAGAACAGGAUACUUGACAGAAUCUUCGUUUGUUGGAAUAAAGGUUAAUAGCAUCACAGCUGCUAUUGGAAAGGAUUUUACUCCCAAUUCUGCCAACCUAAUCCAAUUGGAUCCAGGUGUAUCAGUAAAGAGUUGGAAUAUAUUAAUUACCAAUGACAGACUGGAGGAAAACGAGGAAACAUUUGAACUAUUACUUACGUCUCCAGUGAAUACAGUGCUUGGUGCCAAGACAAGAGCAUUAGUCAAAAUUAUCGAUGCAGGUGGAUGUAGUAUUGCAAACAGAGGCGGAGAAGGCAACGAGAAUCCACCUAUCCACGCGCUCAGUGGCAGGAUGUCUCAAGGUUCUGCAAUCUUACCGAAUCCUAAAAUUGGCCCUUUCCAUGUGGAAGAAAAUCCAGUCACUUACUCACAUAAAGAACUGAAACAGCCUCAAAGAGAUGUGUCACAGGAAUUCCCUCUGAAACCUGUUCCCAAGAAGAAACUCACAGUGAUUAGACAUGAAAGAACGGACUAUCCCACCAUUGCUUUUGGAAAGCGGUGCACUCCAGUCCUCAGAGGCCUUCUGUAUUAUGAUGAAAGUGAGCAGAAAAUGAUUCAAUGUGAUGGAGUUUCAUGGAAGUCUUGGAACCCAACAUAUGAGGAGCAAGAUGCCAAACAGUGUCCCUUUGGUUGGACUUUGCACAACAAUCACUGCUACUAUCUGAAUACCCAGCACAAGGCAACCUGGACUGCAGCAGCUCGAGCUUGCAAGGAGAUGCACCGUGGCAACCUUGUGAGUGUCAUCACCAAACAGGACAUGGAGUGGUUGUGGGAUUUCAGUGGAAGACGACCUUUUUGGAUUGGCCUCAGUGACAGAAUCAGGCCAGGCAAAUGGGAUUGGGCUGGAGGAGAACAAGUGUUGUUCACAAAUUGGAAGCGAGGUUCCCCCCCUGCAUUGAGGAAGAAAGGAAAGAACUGUGUCCUGGUGAAGAGAAGAGGGAAGUGGCAGGUGAAAAAUUGCAAGCGUGGAAAGCCACAUUACUACGUAUGCUCCAUUCAUUAAUAAAUUGAUGGAUAUUCUCAUUGAGGUCAACAUGAACAUAUUGUAAUCCUAGAGUAUUUAUUUACUAAAUUUGGAAGUGCACCAGCAUGUAUAUUUCUAACCACCAUUCACUAUGUCAUGGAUUUUUGAAUGAAAUUGUGGCAGUACAGAACUGCAGUCAGAUUAUUCAUUACUAAUUGCAUUAUACCUCCCAGCAAUAAUUAGCAUUAUGAAGAGCAAUAAUGCUAAUUGUGACAUUUAGUGAGGGAUUGCACUUGGCAGUGUUGAAAUAUAUUCUCAUUUAGAGAAGAGGAAUGUCUAAAAUAUAGAACUUUUCAGGACUAUAACCUAUGCAGUGGGGAUACAUUUGAGUGUGGCAAGUACUUGGACAGUUUAUCAACAGUUUUAAUAGCCCUCAUUCAUAAGUGAGGUCUAUCCAUUCCAUAAGGGCCAUGAAGCUCAAUGCAGUGAUGGUGCUUUGAUGGGGGAUCCAUAUUUCUCAGUUCAACAUCUCAGUGUGUAGACUCCAAACUCUGCAGAACCUGGUCACUGGGCUUGGGUGUCAGGCAUAAGGGAAAGGCAAUGACCAAAGUUAUCUGUCAAUAACAUUGUCAAUGGCAAAAACCAUCUAUCAACAAACAAAACAUUGACAUUCCAUUGCUACAGCCAGAUUAUUGAGGACACGUUUCUCACAGUCCAUCUACAUGAAAGGAGACCCAAUGGCUUUGCAUUCUCCAUCCCCCACCCCGGUGAUUAUACUCACAUCUAGAAAACAAGAUUUCAUUAUUGGUGAAAAAAUUACUGGUUCUUAUCACUGAACUUUGCAAACUCUCCUGGCACUAGUCAUUGGAGAGUAAUCCCAUGUAAAAGGAGCCAUUCAAAGGUGUAUGCAUUUUAUGCACCAUUGGGCGUGUUUAUUACUUUUAUGAGAUGCUAGAUGAUUUUCUGUGAGAACAGGGACUUUUCAUGAUGGUAUUGCUGCAAAUUCUGUGAUAUACUGAGAUUAGGUCACAUGAUCACAUUUAAUAUUCAAAUAGCCGAUCCAUUUCUUAAUGACCUUCCAACAUUGGGCACACAAGUGCUGAUAGAGAUUCCACCCCAUCAGGAGCUGAGGUGAAACCAAAAACCUCCUGACGUAAUCAAUGGGACAGCUUUUACGAUGAAGGAAUAUAUUGUUUCAAAGCAUCUGUUCAAUGUGUCUCUGUUUGUGUGGGUAGCUCUCUUCCCUCUUCCAAGCAGAAUGAUUUUAAUCUGUAUACUUAUGGCAAAGCCUCUUUAAUUCUGUCAGUAUUUUAACAUUUCCUUUUCCUGCUAUAAAUAAAAUUAUAAUGAGCCUUACAACA